AUGAUGAAUAUUUUCCGAGCUCUUUGGAAGGAAGUCUGUGGCCGCAUCUUUCCUGUGCAGGAUUUGGAGGGCCACACCAACCUUUUCUCGGAUUCAGUUUCAGGAUCCUUGCACAAUAAUGUGCAAAAGGCCCGUGAGAAACUAUUGGUCUGGAACACCAAGCGCUUCAUGACACAGAUCCAGGAGGACUCAGAGUGGAUACCUGGAAAAUUGGGAACUUUUGAGCACCCGCAAGCCAGAAAUCUGUUGAGCAGGAUUUUGGCAGAGCCGACUGCCGAAUUGGCGUUCAAUUCGGCCAAGCUGCACAUUGCUGGAGCUCCCUUCAAUCAGGACGGAAACAACAAGUAUGUCUUCCACUGUCAACAUGCUCAGAGGCCCAAAGCGAGGCUUGUGGCAAAGGUGUACAAUACUGAGGCCAGAGUGCGUAACCAGGCAGCUUAUCUCCAGGAACUUGAUGUCAGUUCAAAAACUCAGCAUUAUGUCGAUGCAUUCAACAAAACCCGUGCGAGCAACAUCCACUUCAUUUCUGUAAGGGUUGAGUACUUCUAUGCCGACACACCGGUGCCACCCUUCAACUGCGUACACUAUUUGGUAGAAGAGUUUCUCGAUGGACACUUGGAAAAAUUCAACAGCAAUUCUGGUUGGACUUACAAAAAUGUAGCAACUGGCAUGGCCGAGGUUGCUCAGGCAUUCAGCCACUUCACGUACAAACUUUCGCACAGAAAGGAGAUUCUCGUCGAUGUGCAAGGCCUUGCCAAGGACACGCUCUUCUACAUGCAUGAUAUUGCACGGCAUACAAAGGAAGAGCCAAGCCCCUUGGAGCCAAUGAACCACGGUCAGAAAGGAAUAUGCUCCUUUUUCAAGAGCCACAAAUGCUAUGCAACGUGCCUGAAAUUGGGACUUCAGAGCUGUUGGCCAGACAUGUCCGGUUCUAUGGAGGUACUUCCAAAGGUGCGUGAAUCUUUGCAGAACACAGCAGUUCUACAUUCCGCGCGGAGCAGCCAGUGCCAGUCAAUUCUCGAAGAUAACGGCGAAGAGUCGGAGUCGGAUUAA